UCCUAAGGAUAUGUAAGCAUCAGAGAGCUGUCAUAAUGGUUCUGCUCUGGCUUAAGGGAGCUGCUCUGGUCCUCUGGCUCAUUGUGCCCUGGAGCCUUUGCUGCCAUGUCCUGGCUGCGUUUCUGGGCCCUGUGGCUUCUUGUGUUGCUACCAUUGUGGCUGCUGGUCCAGGCAGCUCAGCCUCCGGGUUGGGCCCUGGACCCUGUGCAGCUGACCCCCAGAACCCCAGGGCCAACCGAGUCCUGGUCUUCAGAUCCCUCCAAUCUCCCUCUUGAAUUUCCCCAUCCACAUCAACAACUGAUGCAUCCUGUGGUUCCUUUCCUGUACACUGGUUCAGCUGGAGAGCUGCCCCCAGGGCCAGAUCUUUGGGACAAGCCUGGCCAGCAUCAAAGUCUCCCAGAGGUGGUUCCGGUGGUGGAUUCCCAGGGUCAGCAUCCAGAGUCCCCUGAAGAGCUGGAACCACUUCCAUUGAAGCAGGAGGCUGCGUCUCAGCCUGCAGAGCCCCCGGAGACAGAUGAAAACCCUGCAAACCUGCAGGCGGCCCUGAGUGAGCCUUCCUAUACUCCUGAAGAGGCUGAGCCUCCAGUCCAGGAGGAAGCCCCAGCUCAGCCUCCAGAGCCCUCUAAUGCGGCAGAAUCUUCUCAAACCCAGCAGGAGUCUCCAGCUUGGCCUCCAGACCCAUUUGAGGAAGUUGUAGCACAACCUCCAGUCUAUGAUGAGGUGCCAGUUCCAGCUAUGGGGCAGAAUCAACCUCAGGAUUCAGACUUGCCCAGUGUCACUGUGGAACCUGUUGGCCUGGAGCUCAGCAUGAUUCCGGAACCUCCACCUCUAGGUCUAGAGCCGUCUGAGACAGGUUUUCCUUCACUGACUCAGAAUUCGGUCAUGAACACCACCACAAACAACAUAUGUGAGCUCUGUAGCUGCACAGACGAGACGCUGGCGUGCGUUGGUCUCAGCCCAGAGCAGAAGCUCCAGAGUGUGCCUGCCCGUGCCAGAGCCCAACGCUCACAAUGGCACCUUCACGAUCUUAAUUUCCAAGGAAACUCUAUUUCUUAAGUGGAUGAAAAUACAUGGAAGUCAUACACUUGGGUUGAGAAACUGUGAGUAUAUUCUCUCCAAAUAUGAACACAAAAAACUAACUGCAUUGUAAGAUGUUUCUUGGUCCAGAGUUUUGAGGUCAGUAAUUCUGAGAAAAGGUAUUUUCCUCUCCAUGUCUCAAAUCGACCUCUACUGAUUGCAAUUCUGUUUAUUUUAAAUACUAAACUUGGUGGAUUCUCUUUAAGAGUCAUCUUAAACUUACUUUACAGUAUGCAAGGAACACACAAUUAUACUCUCAAUAUAUAAAAAUGAAAUAACAGGAAGAGUGAAAACCCUCCUUGUGCCCUAACCCCCCAUCCCUGAGGUAACCACUACUCUGAAUUUAGUAUAUAGCCUUCCAGAUCUUUGUCCAUGCAUGUGUCUACGUAAGGAUUUACAGAUAGCAAGAUAAGUUUGUUGCGUGAUUUACUUAGCUUUUCUACCUGAAGGGUAACAUCCUAUGACUGAAUGCUUUUACCUUUUGAUACGAUUUAGAUUUCUUCCCACCACAUAGAAGGCUACCCCAUUUAUUUAAACUCCUGCAUAAUAUUUUAUGGUAUAGAUUUAUCACAGUUAAUACUUCCUGUGUUGCUGGAUGCUUAGAUUCUGUUGUUUUCUUGUCACAUGCAUCGCUCCAAUGAAUAUCCUUGUACUCGCAUGUUUGUCAACAUGAGCAAGUAUCUCUGUAAAAGAGAUAUCUAGAAGUGGAAUUGUUGGGAUUAAGACUAUGUAGAUAGAAAAUCUGAAUUGCCCUAAAAACGGUUGUGCCAAUUUAUACUCUAAUCAACAGGACAUGACAGCUCCAUUUUCCUACACCCUCUGCCACUGAGUAUUUUUUUGGCUGAUGUGUGAUGAGUGGGUGACUAAGAGGGGCCCCAUCUGAAUUUGAAUUUUUCUGAUUACUUGGGAAUUUAAAUAUCAUUAUAUGCCUACCAAACAUUUGUAUUCUCAGAAUUGUCUGUUCUUUGCCAGUUUAUUUGUUGUCUGUAAUUUUUUUUAUUGAUUUGUAGAAAAGUCAGUUUAGAUACAAGUGAUUUUGGAAAAAAUGCUUAUAUUCAAAGUAAAUAACUGGCAUUUUUCAAGACUAUUGUAUCAUUAGUCAUUUG